ACUAUCAUCGUUUUUCGUCGCUUUUUAUUUUCUCUUUCUAUGUUCUUGCAGUUUUGCUCUUCAUUUCAUUCGAGAACAACAUCUUCCGUGUUUUUUGUUCCCCCUUUUUUUUGCCAUUCACGCGUCUCAUUGGAAUGGAAGCGAAGUUGUGAGGAGUGAAUGCGUGUGUCAGAGAGGGAGAGGGAGAGGAGAGGAUAGGAGAGAAGAAGGCGGUAGCGUAUGAUACGUAUAGCUUGCAGAAGCGUUCCGGUGCGUCUGGGCGCGAUGGUGUCACAGCAACAAGCAGUACAGGCUGGCUAUGCGGCGUCAAGACUCCCCCGAGGAGGGGGAGGAGGAGGAGGUGUCGCACAUCGCGAAGCAGCUGUAGCGGGCAGUCAUGGAGGAGGGGGAGGGGGAGGAGGAAGCGGUAUGAAGCCGUCGGUCACGCCUUCGAGAGAUCUUCUUGAAGACCUUUGCAGCCGGUUCAUCUUGAAUGCUCCAGAAGAGGACCUGCAAUCUUUUGAGAGAAUACUAUUUCUUGUGGAGCAAGCACACUGGUUUUAUGAGGACUUCACUCGAGAAGAGAAACCUUGCCUGCGCCAUCUUUCGUUAAGAGAAUUCACCGCUCUUGUUUUUCAGUACUGUACGUCGCUGAGGAAGUACCUCUCCCACAUUGACGACAUAUACAACGACUUCACGACGUACAAGAUUCGUGUGCCAGUGAGUGGUGCAAUUAUUCUCAACCAAGCGUUGGACAAGUGUCUUUUGGUAAAAGGCUACAAACCAGGAGCCAGCUGGGGUUUUCCAAAGGGAAAGAAGAGCAAAGAUGAGGAGGAUGAUCAGUGUGCAAUUCGUGAGGUUGAGGAGGAGACAGGAUUCGACAUAUCAGGCCUUCUCAAGCCAGAAGAGUACUUGGAGGUUUCUUUCGGGCAGCAAAGGACAAGGCUGUACAUCGUACCGGGGGUGGACGAGAAAACAUCAUUUGCCCCUCAGACAAAGAAGGAGAUCAGUGAGGUUUCAUGGCAUCGUAUAGAUGAAUUGCCUGUUGCUAGCAAUGUUGCUGCCCCUGCUGCAAGGGCCAUGAAUGGCAACAAGUACUUCAUGGUCUGGCCUUUUAUUAGUAAGUUGAGGACGUGGAUUGCUAACUAUGCGAAGCAGAGGAACGGGAUUCUGAAGGCAAAAGAUACUUCUCAGUUUUAUGCAGGAAUGUCGGCUGCGGGAUAUGCUGUCGAGGCAUUUAAAAAAUUGCCACGGCGUUUGGAUCCGCUGAGGCUGUCGUGCUCAAAGAAUAAGAACGGACUUGCGCGUUGCUCUCAACCGCCACAGCCUUCACAGGCUGUGCUGGCCUCACCAUGUGUGCCCUCGUCACAGCCUGUUCUGCAGUCUGGGCACUUGUCGUCUCCUCUACUCUCCUCGCGUCCUGUUCACGCUACCCCUCCUGUGCAUAGUUCACAACCUGUCGUCUCUUCGCCGCCUCUGCCCAAUUUGCAACAUGUGCACUGUACACAAUCUGUCAAUUCUUUGCAGCCAAUCCACUCGUUGCAGUGUGUGCAACCUGUCCAGACUGUGCAGUCUGCAGAAACCCUGGUACAUGUGCAGCCUCUGCCUCCUGUGUUGAUGGGUACUUCCCCGUCUUUGCUACCUUUGUCGACUGUGUUUCCUGUGCAGCCUUUGCAGUCGUCCUCUCCUGUGCAGCCUGCGCAGCCUCCUUCGGCUGUGCACUUGUCGAUCGUGCAGAGGGUUCCGGGGUUGAGCUUUAGAAACUUCCACUUUAAUCGCGAUGAGAUUCUCAAGGGGCUGGAAUGUAGGUUAUCGUGCUCAUAGGGUCAUCUUUGGCUCAAGUCACGAGCGCAACCACUUAGAAAUUCAGCUCGAAGAAGUGCCAUCUCAUGGGGGAUAUCAGUCCCGGUGAAGUGUCUCUCUGUGCAGCCCUAGAAUGGUUAGAAGCGUUAGAGCAUGAAACUUGUUGAGCAGGCUUCGACUAUUUGUUGGCAACUUAGCUCAGCCCAAAGGAAUGCGGAAUUAUCGAGUCGAGCCCGCAGUGAAGUCUCUGCUGUUAUGUGGUCCUUCUUUAGGGGAUUGCAUGAUUUCCAUUUGGAAUGCGGUAGGUGGGCUUACUCUGAUGCGUUCCACAGCCGUAAUCUCGCAUUGCUCUCAUCUGGUCUUAUGUUGCCUUCUGUUUUUCUUUGGCAUCUAUUCUUUCAUUUCAUAGAAAAUCAAACCAAGGCGGCGUA